AUGAGUUCUCCUGAGGCAAUGGAGAACCUGUACUGCUAUUGGCUGACAGGCGAUCGGGAACGCCAACUUGCAGUAAUCCAGAAACCCUGGAUGACGAAACGUAAAGAUGCUGCACAGGCGAUCCUGGAUGGUAGUUGGUUGAGCGCACACAGAUCACUUGUGGGGCUCGAUCAGACGAUGAUUGAGUAUUGGAGAUCUGUAUUUGGUGUGCAAGGUGCGGUGGAUGAGAGACCGGUUCCCAAGGAGGAAGGCCAAGAUUAUGGUCUGAUUCAGCCAUUGUCUGCGGCAGAUGUCGAUGACGCGCUGCAGAAUGCUGGUGAUACGACCCCAGGACCAGAUAAGCUGUCGGUGGCGUACUGUAAAUCCUUGGAAUUGACAGUUCUCGCACAGUUGUUCAAGCCUAUGAGGUUCUCGGAUGCCCUCCUGCGUCUCUUGUGA